GUCACGUGAUCGCGUCCCGUUCAACAUGGCUUCUGCUCGGGCUGGUUUGUUUUGCUCCCGGUCAGUACAGCGAGCGAUAUUUUUCUUCUGUUUUUGCUGGACUUUAAUACAGAGCUCUACAAAUGACGUGGAAAGCUGUGACAACCUCCGAUUGGGACAGUAUCUUUGCAAAAGCCCUAAAAUAGAUGAUGCAACUCAAGAACCCGAGAACUGCAAGGAUCUUCUGGCAUGGGUGGAAUGCCUUCCCGCACCAAACAUCAGCUGCUUGCUACCAAAUGGGACCAGGUUCAAGUUCAGUGGAGAGGAGGUUGGAUUUAAUAAAAGCGUCCCAUGUCGUAAUGUGACUGGCUAUUCAUAUAAAGUGGCUGUGGCUUUGUCCCUCUUCCUGGGAUGGCUGGGUGCAGAUCGCUUUUAUUUGGGUUAUCCAGCUCUCGGGCUGCUGAAGUUCUGCACUGUGGGUUUCUGUGGAAUUGGAAGUCUGGUGGAUUUCAUAUUGAUAUCCAUGCAGAUCGUAGGUCCAUCUGACGGUUCGGAUUACAUCGUGGACUACUACGGAGCGAGGCUCGUACGACUCUCCAUAACAAAUGAGACAUACAGACGAACACAGAUCUCUCUCUGAGGAGGUGGACGGAGAGGACAGGCCGAAAGACCUGACAUCCAGGAUUGUGUCAUAUAAAUCUCAGCUAUUCCUCUUUUCAACUGGGAAGACGCAUGGACAUGCCAGACACCUCUGUGUGUGUGUGUGUGUGUGUGUGUGUGUGUGUGUGUAAAAGAGAUAGUGAGAGAGUGAGUGAGUGGACUACAGAGGAUUGUAAACAGAGACUACAGUAUGAUGAACUUGUGUUCUCCAAAGUGGAUAAGCCCAC